AUGUUAAAGAAGUAUGUCGUUCUUUGGGAUGUCGAAACAAAACGAGGAUGGCUGGUCAACGUACCCAGUAUAUUAUUACACCUUCUCCGUGCUUCUUUGGAGUCUAACAAGACAGACGAUUUUUCAUUCGCCUUCCUGUUCGAACCACAACAAUUUCAAGAGUCUCACAAACCACAUAGCAGAUCUAGCGCACUCGAGGUGCUAAUAAAUCCUAAGAAUCUCAACAUCAAGCUAUACCAAGAUUGCGAAAGAGAGAACGAGACAGACAUUUUUUUUCGAAUACGUGAUCGUGUCGAGAUUCUGUAUGCCAUUCUUGAGAAGAUGGUUGACUAUCAGGCAUUGAUCACAGGACAAAACGGAGAGAAAAUCAAGACAACCCCACGCAAGUAUCUUGAAGGGUGGGAUUUCAAAGACAUUGCGACAAAUUCCGGGACAGCGAAUGAUUGCAUUUACCCCCAGGUGGAAAGGCUCAAAACGGUAGGCAAAACAUGGGUUGACUUCACGAGGGUGCUCCAAGCGGUUUUCCUCUUUGGCCGUGGGUUUGGAGAAAUCAUCGAACCCGCUGAGAAAAAUGAGAUAUGCCAGUACUGGGGAACUCUCCCUUCAAAAAAGUAUUAUAUGGCGGCCAGCAUGGAGGAUCUAAUCAACAUGAUGGACCGCUUGGGGAAUCCUAAAUCAACACCUCCAAGGCUCGUGGGUUCUAUUUCAUGGUAUCCUGGGAGCUCGUCUUUGACGGAAAGAUGUCCUUGUGAAAGAACGCCACAGGUUCACUCGGAGCUUGCACAUACCCUAUUACCAUCUCAUCUAGAGCGAAAACUCCCUAUGUGCAGUUCAUUCUCAUUAUCGGCUACUGGGGCUGCUAUUUUCGGCUACAAUCAAAAUGAUGGAUGGUUAUGGGGUGACAUUGGAGAUCCAGAGCAAGGAGUACCCUCUACAUCCGACGACCAGUAUGAUAGCGACGACCACGGUCAAACCAGAACUUCAAUAAUUGAUAUUCCAAUACUGAAUGCACCAAUGGUUGGUGCCUCUUCUUCCGUCAUUGCGUCUUAUCAGUACAGGGUAGCCAUAAUAUGCGCCUUGCCUCAAGAGAUGAUGGCAGUCCGCGCUCUAUUCGACGACUUGCAUCCAAAAGACAUACCCAAAGACGAGAAUGAUAGUAAUUCUUACAUCUUCGGUCGAAUGGCUGGUCACAAUGUAGUCACUGCGUGUCUUCCAUCAGGCGAAUACGGAACCAACGCAGCGUCCAAGGUCGCAUCAGACUUGCAAAGAAGUUUUCCUGCCGUGAAAUUUAUUUUUGUGGUUGGAAUCGGCGGAGGUGUACCUUCAUCAAAGCAUGACAUUCGCCUAGGAGAUGUGGUAGUCAGCACAGCUAUCUUUCAACAUGACAUGGGAAAAGUGACUUCAAGAAGCUCACCUCUCAAUCGAACAGGGACGAUCCAGCUCCCCGCCAGAUCUCUGCGAACCGCAAUCAACUCUAUUAGAUCAGAUCCGAGGAUAGGAUAUACUUCCUUAGAGAUGCAUAUCGCUGAGAUAGUGAAACUACGACCAGAAUAUCAACGGCCCAAAGAGGUGGCGACCCGCGAAUCUAUCCAAAGUGGCCACUUGCACGCAGAGGGUGUAUACACAUGCGAGAAAUGCAGUUAUUUUGAAGCGCCUUGGGCGCCGCGAGGUCCACGCGUCCAUUACGGACUCAUUGCAUCAGGAAAUCAGGUCAUCAAGGACGCGCUCGUACGAGAUCAUAUUGCGAAGGAUUUGGACAUAUUGUGUUUCGAAAUGGAGAGUGCAGGUGUUAUGACGACUGGACAAUGUCUUGUUAUUCGCGGCAUUUCUGAUUACGCGGACUCGGAAAAAACCGAUAAAUGGCAUAAUUAUGCAGCUGCAGUCGCAGCUGCGUAUACGAAGCUUUUCCUUUCGAAUAUUGAUAACCUUGAGACUCCGAGUCAUCGGGCGAUUCAGGUUCAGCCUGCGCUUUAUUCGAACAAAAACAUGUAUUCUCCGGAGAUGAUGAGAUAG